CUUAUUUCCUAGUAACCAAAACGAAAGUAAAAAAAAAUCAAAAAUUGGCAUAAACAUGUUACCAGAGAAGUUGGUUUAUUCAAGAAUGUGACUUUUUUGUGUAUAUAUUAAGAUUGACUGUUUAAAUAAGUAGAAGUGAGGAGUUGACGGUUUAUAUUACAAGAAGAUAAGAGUAGAUUUCAUAAACACAAUGACUGAACCAGCAGAAGAUAGACCACUUAAACGGACAAUACCACCUGAUUUACAGACACAAGUAGAAGAAAUACAGAUAAAAGUACCAAGAACUACAGGCCCACCAGAUGAUUUAGAUGACAGAAGAAAAAGAUGGUUAAUAGUGGGUAUAUGUCUCCAUACAAUCAUAUCUCCAGUAUUGAGGACAUAUGUUGUGAAUGUUGUCACAAAACUUUGUUAUUCACUAACAAGUCGGAACAAAAUUCAUAAACAAACAUAUCGAAGUUUUCUGAAAAGAUACUCACCUUCCAAUACAGAACUAAAUUAUGAAGCAAUUAACAAUAACAAAACUUUGUAUAGACGGAAUAGAGCCAGAUAUGAUUACCGAGUCAAGAGUGCCGUGGAUUUAUCCCGAUUGUUCCUCCAGACACACAUGGCACAUUUCACAGCAUUUGACGACUCAUGUGAUUCAUCUGCCCUUCUUGGAAUCAUUGUUAACAUUGACAGAUUUUCACCAGGCGUACAGGCUGAUGCUAGACAGAUGCGAUCAGAUAUACGGAAUCCUUGGGCACAUUGUGACUUUACAGAAUGGACUGCUACAAAAUAUUCAUAUUCCUUCCAGUUGAUGGAAAAACUAAUAAGAAACCUCAGCCUGAGUAACAGGGAGGAAAACAGAAUCUUAGGAGAGUUAAACAGAUGGGCAAUGAAUGGUCAAAACUUCCUUAGUGGAACAACACUUGGUUUAGAGAUUGUGGGAGACAUUCGCCAACAGACACACAUUCUUAGUAGAUAUGUACAGACUUUGUGUGCUGACAAAGACAGUCAAUUUAUCAAAGUGGAAAAAGAAUUAACAAGAAUAGAAAAUGAUUUACAGGGAAGAAUACAGAGUUUAGAAAGUAAAUCUUUGGAGCAUGAUGAAACAUUAAAUACCUUGAAAGAAGAAAUAAAAAAACAAGUUGAAGAUCAUAUUCCACCACAUAUUCAAGCUCACCAUGAACAAGAAAUAGGAGAAUGGGAGCAAGACCAAACUACCUUUUUGGAAACCAGAGCAACACGUCACAUACUUGAGUCUCUACCCUCACAUAACUGUAUUGUUGUGACAGGAAGCUCGGGCUGCGGUAAAUCUUCAAACAUACAUCAAGCUGCCUUACACUUACGUGACAGUUUUGGAUAUGAGAUAAUACCAGUGUUAACAGGACCAUCAGACAUUAUGAAUUAUCAUAAUGAAAACAAAAAACAAGUGUUUGUUGUAGAUGACAUCUGUGGGAAGGAAACAAUAAACACACAAACAUUACAGACGUGGAGAGAUUAUUCAGAAAAAAUUGAGAAAAUAUUUAAAGUUGCAGACAAAGAUGUUGCAGGUAAAAAUGAUGAAACGGUUUUAAAAGUAUCAAGUCCAAAACUACUGCUGUCUUGUAGACUGCAUAUAUAUAAAGAAGCUCAGUUUCAACGUAUUUCAUUAUUCACAAAAAAAGAAUGCAAUUUAUUAUCUCCCGAGUUGUGUCUGCUGGAAGCUGAAAGAAUUCAUAUGCUGCACAAGUAUCUUCCUGAUGACAUAAUUGACAAUAUAAAACAAGUCACAGAGAACGUUGAUUACUUUCCCUUGCUUUGUAAAUUGUCAAAAGACAAAACAUCUGAGGAAGUGAAGAAACUGUUUACAGUUCCUUUAAUCAGUAUUAAACAGAACAUAAACAACAUUAUUCAUGAAAACAAAGAACAAUUUUGUGUUCUUGUUCUGUGUAUCAUUUUUAAUGAAGGAUUUGAUACAGAUUGGCUCAAAUUAGGAUCAGUUUCAGAAAGGAAGAACAUGGAAUUGGAUAAACUUGAGUACAUUGUUAAAGAAUUUGAUAUAGACUUAAGCAAACAGAAGCAUAGAAAUUCUUUAAAAGCUUGCUUUUCAACAUUAAAUGGCACCUACUUAAAACUGAGAGGAACAGAGUAUAGAAUGAUACAUGACAAAAUAUAUAAAAUGGCAGCUGUAAUCUGUGGACAACACCUUACAGAAUGUUUUAUCAAAUAUGCUCCAGCUAUAUUUAUUCGGGAUAAUUUUAUCUUUGAAUCUGUGACGGAUGUCCAUGAAAAUGAUAAUUUAAUUGUAUUAUUAAAAGAGGAAGAAGAAGAUUAUUUUGAACGACUGUUAUGUGACUUAACACGGCAUGCUAUUAUAAGUACAUUCAAUAAUUACCAGUUAAUUCAUAAGACAUUUAGAGAUAAGUUAAUAAGCUUUUUAAAAAGGAGAAAUGAUGCAAAGACAGUAUUAACAAAGCUUGAUACAGAAGGUUGCAAAACAAUCGAAUAUGGUGAUCAAGAAUAUCCGUAUGACACACACUAUUAUACAACACCUUUAAUAGAAUCAUCAAUAAGGGGUUACUUUGAUAUUGUUGAAUUUCUGAUUGUUAAUGUUAAAUGUGAUGUGAAUAAAACAGACGAAAGAGGCAAUUCUCCUAUACAUAAGGCAUCUGAAAGAGGACAUACAGCUGUAGCUAAACUAUUAUUAGAGAACAAUGCUGAUGUAUCUCAAUGUAACAAUGAUAAAAAUUCUCCAUUGUAUGUAGCCUGUAAAGGAGGAUAUAAAGAUACAGUAGAACUGUUACUUCAGAACAAUGCUGAUGUCAAUCAGUGUGGUAAGUAUGGAAGACCUCCGUUGUAUGUGGCCUGUGCAGGAGGACAUAAAGAUACAGUAGAACUGUUACUUCAGAACAAUGCUGAUGUCAAUCAGUGUGGUAAGGAUGGAACACCUCCGUUGUAUAUGGCCUGUGCAUGUGGACAUAGAGAUACAGUAGAACUUUUACUUCAGAACAAUGCUGAUGUCAAACAAUGUAAUAAGUAUGGAUUGUCUUCGUUGUGUGUGGCCUGUGCAGGAGGAUAUAAAGAUACAGUAGAACUGUUACUUCAGAACAAUGCUGAUGUCAAUCCGUGUUGUAAGGAUGGAACACCUCCGUUGUGUGUGGCCUGUGCAGGAGGACAUAAAGAUACAUUAGAACUGUUACUUCAGAACAAUGCUGAUGUCAAUCAGUGUGGUAUGUAUGGAAUAUCUCCAUUGUAUGUGGCCUGUACAAGAGGACAUAAAGAUACAGUAGAACUUUUACUUCAGAACAAUGCUGAUGUCAAUCAGUGUAAUAAGGUUGGAAUAUCUCCGUUGUAUAAGGCCUGUGCAGGAGGACAUAAAGAUACAGUAGAACUGUUACUUCAGAACAAUGCUGAUGUCAAUCAGUGUGGUAAGGAUGGAACACCUCCGUUGUAUGUGGCCUGUGCAUGUGGACAUAGAGAUACAGUAGAACUUUUACUUCAGAACAAUGCUGAUGUCAAACAAUGUAAUAAGGAUGGAACACCUCCGUUGUAUAUGGCCUGUGCAUGGGGACAUAGAGAUACAGUAGAACUGUUACUUCAGAACAAUGCUGAUGUCAAUCAGUGUAAUGAGGAUGGAAUAUCUCCGUUGUAUGUGGCCUGUAAAGGAGGACAUAAAGAUACAGUAGAACUGUUACUUCAGAACAAUGCUGAUGUCAAUCAAUGUGGUAAGGAUGGAACACCUCCGUUGUAUAUGGCCUGUGCAUGGGGACAUAGAGAUACAGUAGAACUGUUACUUCAGAAUAAUGCUGAUGUCAAUCAGUGUGGUAUGCAUGGAACACCUCCGUUGUAUAUGGCCUGUAAAGGAGGACAUAAAGAUACAGUAGAACUGUUACUUCAGAACAAUGCUGAUGUCAAUCAGUGUAAUAAGGUUGGGAUAUCUCCGUUGUAUAAGGCCUGUGCAGGAGGACAUAAAGAUACAGUAGAACUGUUACUUCAGAACAAUGCUGAUGUCAAUCAAUGUGGUAAGGAUGGAACAUCUUCGUUGUAUGUGGACUGUGCAGGAGGACUUAGAGAUACAGUAGAACUGUUACUUCAGAACAAUGCUGAUGUCAAACAAUGUAAUAAGUAUGGAUUGUCUUCGUUGUGUGUGGCCUGUGCAGGAGGAUAUAAAGAUACAGUAGAACUGUUACUUCAGAACAAUGCUGAUGUCAAUCAGUGUGAUGAGGAUGGAAUAUCUCCGUUGUAUAAGGCCUGUGCAGGAGGACAUAAAGAUACAGUAGAACUGUUACUUCAGAACAAUGCUGAUAUCAAUCAAUGUGGUAAGGAUGGAACAUCUUCGUUGUAUGUGGCCUGUGCAGGUGGACUUAGAGAUACAGUAGAACUGUUACUGCAGAACAAUGCUGAUGUCAAUCAGUGUAAUAAGGUUGGAAUAUCUCCGUUGUAUAAGGCCUGUGCAGGAGGACAUAAAGAUACAGUAGAACUGUUACUUCAGAGAAAUGCUAAUGUCAAUCAGUGUGCCAUUAAUGGAGAGUCUCCAUUGUAUGUAGCCAGUGAAGUAGGAUACAGAGAUACAGUUAAACUGUUACUUCAGAACAAUGCUGAUGUCUCGAAGUGUAAUGAGGAUGGACAAUCUCCAUUGUUCGUUGCCUGUAAAGGAGGAUUUAAAGAUACAGUAGAACUGUUAUUGCAGAGAAAGGCUGAUGUCUCGCAGUGUAAUACAAAGGGAGAUUCUCCUCUACAUGCGGUUUGUUCAUUUGAUCCCAAUUUGGAAUAUUUGAUUACAAAUUAUUCAAAUCUAUAUUUCAAUAUAUAUUUUAUGACACAAUUUUCAAAGAGAAUCAUUGAAACUGUAAAACCAUUACUUGCAUGGAAAGCAGAUGUCACAUUGCGUAAUAAGAAUGGUCAAACACCACUUGAUAUUGCCCGUGCAUCACAAUGUAAGGAACUUGUAAAUCUUUUUGAGGAAAAUCUUCAACUAAAAGAAAUCUGA